AUGUCUGAAAGUAACUUAAAUUCUUUCGUUCCCGUUACAGCGGUCGCUAAAAAAAUUGCGAACUCGAAGUUGGUUCAAGAGACGCGAAAUCUUUUCUUCUACCAGCUUCAACACCAAAAAGAUAAAGAUUCUUUUGCUGACUAUGUCAUAAUAGUCCGCACAAAAGCAUUAAACAAAUUAUCCGGUCUUGAGAAGGAGGCGCAUAAAACGAAACUUGAAGAAACCUGCAGAAAAGUAUUGACAAGGCUAAACCUUGCCGGGCUCAAAUUUGAAGUGCGACGUGGAGCUGAAGACCUAAUUUUUAUAUUUGUUUUGUGUCCUUUAAAAAGACUAAAAGAAGAAGUUGACAGAUCUAGGGUCAAUGAUUGGCUUGUUGGAGUCCGUAUCCGAGACAUCGACGAUGAUUCCUCAGGAAGUGAUCCAACCUUAACAGAUGCAGAGCGGCUACGCCUUGUACACGACAUUAUUACCAACCCUCGUCAAGAAAAUGGUGCGGGAAUUAAUCCCGGCUUGGAAGACUUUGAACUUGUGGAAUGUUUCCUUCCACUCCAUGACCGUAAUUAUAACGAGGAUUGGAUAAAAACUUGGUCGACCAAAUGGAUAAUCGAUAAAAAUGAUCUUCUCCUUUUGAGAAAUCACUUUGGAGAAAAAAUUGCAUAUUACUUCGCGUUUCUUCAAUACUACUGUGAAUGGUUGAUAAUCCCAUCGAUUGCUGGAUUACUUACAUACUUUUUUUCGGAAAACUACUCGAUCACAUUCGGAUUAUUUAUUGUACUGUGGUCGAUUAUUUUUACAGAAUUUUGGCGUCGUAAAGAAUACGAACUAGCGGUAUGGUGGGGUGUUCGUAAUUUUUCACGAGUUGAAAAGCGCCGAGCUGGUUUUAGAGAAGAAUCCAAGAUUAUCAGUCACAUAACUGGUGAAUUGGUUCCUUAUUUUUCUCCAUGGAAACGAUGGCUAAGGAGAGCUUUUGCUGCGCCCAUAAUAAUCAUAUUCAGCUUAACCUUGUCGUUGGCUCUAUUGUUCUACAUUUUGUUUGAAGUCAUCAUGUCCGAAUAUUACACUGGUCCUUUCAGGAACCAACUGAUCUAUCUUCCAACUAUUACAUAUUGUGCUCUGGUACCAGCAUUAAACGUGAUCUACAUUCAAAUCGCGAAAAAGCUAAAUGAAUAUGAAAAUUACGAAACCGAAUCAUCCUACGAAUUCAACCUCACGCAAAAAAUUUUUGUUGCAAACUUUUUAAUCGGUUACCUUUCAAUCUUCUUUAUCGGUUGGGUAUACAUCCCGUUCAAUGAAGAAAUUGGUUAUUUCUUCCAAAGCUUUUUUGAUUUAUUUGGGCUGUCAUUCACCAUAAAAAACGUUGGUUCGGAGAGACUUGUUACUGAAUUAAAAUACUUCAUAUUGACAGCUCAAAUAAUGAGUCUUUUCAUGGAAUUGAUAUUGCCUUAUUUAUUAAGAUUUGGCACAUUUGGUGUGAAAAAGAUUCAAAAAAAUGAGACGAAAGAUGGAAGUAAAAACGAAGAUGAAUCCGCUUUCUUGAAAAGAGUGAGAAGAGAAGUGAAGUUACCGGUUUAUGAUGUGUAUGAAGAUUACGUCGAGAUGAUCUCUCAGUAUGGAUAUGUCAGUCUAUUUUCGGUGAUAUGGCCGCUAACACCAGUAUUUGCGCUCAUAAAUAAUUGGAUUGAGUUGCGUUCUGACGCCAUUAAAUUGUGUGAACAUACAAGGAGACCGAUUCCUUCCAGAGCGGAUAGUAUAGGACCGUGGCUUGAUAAUUUAUCACUUCUUACAUGGCUUUCAUCAAUUACAAACCCAUCAAUUAUCUACCUAUAUCAUCCGGAUACUAAGGGGUUUACUUCUUCUUCUGGAGUUAUAUUUACAAUUGUUUUGGUAUGGUUCUCUGAGCACAUUUUCGGUGUGGUUCGCUAUAUUGUACAACAGAUGCUUGCGGCUUUCCCGACGGCAACAGAUGCCUUAGUGCAAAAAGAAGAGUACGAACUAAAGAAACGUUGGCUUGAAAAAGCGGGAGUGUCGACAGUGUCGCCAUCAGAUAGCGAUCUACAAGAAAAGAAAGAAGACAGUAAAUGGUUUCAGAAUGAUGAUCGCAUAGAAGAUCUUGAGGAUGUAUUAAGGGAAAUUUUACGCGAAUUGAAAGAAGAAUGA